AUGCAUCUGGAACUCGAUCUGAAUGCAUACCUUAAAAUCGAGCUCGAUCGAGUCGUUGAAGACGAUGAGCAACAGUCAAGAAGCAACAAGAAACAUACAGAGUUGAUGAUUCAGCUCACUGAUAAAAAGGCCAGUAAGGCCGCUGCUCUGGCAAAGAAAGUUCUGAGAUGGCCAAUCGGACAAACUCUUCCAACGCAGAUCACUUAUGAUAGUUCGGAAGAACAAUUGAUUGUGGUUGGUCCAACCUCUGAAGCUGUCGUUCCAUUCCCAAAAUCUAAAAUCGACUCGUUGACAGCAACAGCUAUAGCAAAACUUGGUGUGACCGCAAAAGCCAAAACAUUCUCCUCAUUCGCAGUCAAUCCGAUUGACACAUUUGAUGUUCGAACCGUCAUGAAGAGCAUUCAAAAUGUCAUAGAAAAUCCAGAAAAAGAAAAAAGAUGGAAGCAAUUGACUGAGAAACUUGAAGAAUGUUCGAAUGGAGAGGCCAGUGGAGCUCUUUCGGCGAUUGAACAAACUCAAUUGAUGGAUGCAAUUAGAAAGUAUGCAGAUGACGUGGAUUCGGAUGUGGAGACACUUGAUGCGAUGUUGGUUGCAGUUGUCACUGCUCGCAUUCUCUCAUAUCGAAAUGAAGACGUGUUUCUGCGAUUGUGUGUUGAGAAACAGAAGACAAAUGUGGUAGAAAUUGUGCUUAAUGAUUCGGCGAGAGUCGUUUCUGAGUUCAUUCUGGCGGAGUUGUUGAAAUUAGCAGCUGGAAAACCAGAAGACGAACGAAGAGAACAAGUGUGCCAAGUUCUCGCUCGCAACUUCUCCAAACAACCAAUGACCGAAGCGACUGCUGAAGUUCUCACCGUUUCUGAAUCAAUCGACAUCAUGACAUCGCUCACAGAAAUUUACAGAGAGUUGUCUAAGAUUGAUAUCAGUGGAAAAGCGUUGGCUUUGAUUACAAUACUUAUGGAUGCUCACGGUUCAAGAAUCGUCUACGAAGACAAAUUGCAUCAAAAGUUCGCCGCUGUCAGCAAUUUCAUUAUCGAAAUGCAAUCUCUCGUUGGAACAUUCGCUCGUUUGGAAGCUGCUAUUGAGGAAACAUCGGAUUCACUGCCUGCUAGUAACGUUGUCAUUCGUAUUAAUCCAAUCGCUCAUCCCAUCAAUUGGUAG